ACGUCAUUGCCAUGCGCCGGGAGGAGCGGCACGCGGUAGGGCCAUGGCGGCUGCCGCGCAGCCCCCGGUCCCAGCGCCCGGCCUGGCGGUGCCAUCCUUCGCGGCGGCCUGCGACCUGGUGCCGAGCCGCUACUCGUGCCUGGUGGUGGUGCCGCAUCGCAGGCACAUCGCGCUGGCGCCGCGCUUCCUGCAUCGCAAGCUCACGGGCAUCCGCGACCAGCUGGACGCCGGGCUGCUGCGCUACUGCGACAGCCUGGGUGGCGUCCCGCUGGCCUACAGCCACGUGAAGAUCGUGGGGGCGCUGGGCGACAUUCACGACGACCAGGGCUCCAUCCACCUUCACAUCGAAGCUGACUUCGUGGUCUUCACACCCCAGAAAGGAACCAAGCUGGUGGGUGUGAUCAAUAAAAUUGUCCCUAGUCACAUUGGCUGUCUGAUACAUGGAUGUUUCAAUGCUUCCAUCCCUAAACAUGAUUGUGUGUCAGCUGAACAACAACAAUACCUUGGGUUAAAAAUAGGAGAUGCAUUGGAAUUUGAAGUUUCUCGCUUAGAUUCUGAUACUGCUGGAAUGUUCUUCAUCUGGGGACGACUGACUAAAGACAGCUUGCAGUCCAAGUGUCCUGAAACUGUAACUGAAGAUACAAACAGAAAUGAGACAAAGAAAAAACACAGAAAAAAUGGAACAGUGAAUUGUGAAGGAGACAGUAACUUGGGGGAGGUUGUGGAUGAUGCAGACGCUGCUGUGAGAGAAUAUGCAGAAGAACAAAAUCCUGAUGUUGUGAAUGGAUUAUCUCAUAAAAAAACAAAGAAGAAGAAAAAACAUAAGCAAGAAAAUCAAGAACCUGUGCUUCCUGGCAGUGACACUAGUGAUUACCAGAGUGACCACAAAAAGGAAAAGAGAAAGAAAAGAAAAUAUUGUGAGGAAAAUCAUGAAUUAUCUCAGUUGACAGAAGAACCCAAAGCUACAAAGCGAAAGAAACAACACAUAGACUGAAAUUUAAAAGGGCUUUCUUUGCUUAUGACUUUGUAAGUAUUUGAUAAACUGCUAAUAAAAUAUUAUUUUGAUUA